CUGGGUGUGAGGUGAAGAGCGAGGGAUUGUUGAGAGAGUAGAGGAACUGCAGCUCUUCAUCCAUACUUCACCCUCAACUUGGGUCCUGGAGUUUCCCACUCUCUGAAACCUCUGCCGCUAUGGGGCUGCGGAAGAAAAACAAGAGUCCGCCAGUCCUGAGCCAUGAGUUCGUUAUCCAGAACCACGCGGAUGCCGUGUCCUGCCUGGCCAUGGGCCUCCUGUUGGGGCUCAUGUUCGAGGUUACAUCCAAAUAUGCCAUCAUGUUUAUAACGGUUCAGUACAAUGUUACAAACACCACAGAUGACAGAUCUGACCCAGUUCAUUUUUAUGAGUAUGGUCCAAAAGACAUGGCCACCAUCAUCUUCUACAUGCUUAUAGCCAUUAUUCUGCAUGCAGUGAUUCAGGAAUAUAUACUAGAUAAAAUUAAUAGACGUCUCCACUUGUCAAAAACAAAACAUAGUAAAUUCAAUGAGUCAGGACAACUAGCCUUUUUCUACUUGUUUUCAUUUGUAUGGGGAGCAAGUAUUUUGUCUGCAGAAGAAUUUACAACAAACCCAACUUUGUUGUGGAAGGAUUACCCUCAUUCUCAUAUGUUUUUUCAGGUUAAAUUCUUCUAUAUUUGCCAAAUUGCCUAUUGGCUCCAUGCACUUCCAGAACUCUACUUCCAAAAAAUUAGAAAGGAAGAUAUUCCAAGACAGUUGCACUAUAUUUGUCUUUAUAUUGCUCAUAUAGCUGGUGCCUAUAUCUUGAACCUUCAGCGCUUGGGUCUAAUUUUGCUGGUACCUCAUUAUCUUGUAGAGCUCAUUUUUCACGCUUCACGUCUUUUCUACUUCAGUGAUGAGAAUAAACAGAAAGGGUUUACCCUUUGGGCUCUUUUAUUUGUAAUGGCUCGUCUUUUGACCCUGACCUUGUCAGUUCUCACCUUUGGAUUUGGUCUCACAAAAGCAGAAAAUCCUGGCUUUUCUGUAGCAGAAGGAAACUUCAACAUACUUACAAUUAGAAUUAGCUGUCUGGCUGCAAUUUGUUUGACCCAGGCUUGGAUGAUGUGGAAAUUUAUCAAUUUCCAGCUAAAGAAAUGGAGAGAACACGUACAGAAUCAAAUUCCUAAGAAAAAAACAAACAUAAAAAUUAAGCCAACAAAAAAAGAGUCCUGCAGAUCUAACUUUGUAAAUGGAACAGUAAAAUCUGAAGAGGGCACAUCACCUAGGAAAAGAAAAUCAAAAUUUUUGUGAAGAGCACAGUUAUAGAGGACACUGAUUUAAUUGAAGACUUUCUCAUACUAAACAGAAAAUCUCCAUCACCACUGACCAUAGAAAAACUAUAUUUGGCUAUUUGGGCUAAAGGACAUUGGUUAAAAUAAUAUAUUUUUAAGUGUAUGUUCAUCAAAACAAACUUAUGAUGAGAACAUAUUAUUUUAAAAUCAGUUAUUUAACAUGAUCGUCAGCUUUUGAAAAUAGGAUGUUUUGUUAUAGUUUGACCUCUAAUUACAAUGCUGCAAUAUUAGUAGAACAGCAUGGGGGAAUCUAAUAAACCAGAGUUGUCUUUUAUUUGGAACUUUAUUUCAUUUUAUAAAAUGUAGUUUUAGAAUUAGAGUUAGGUAUAUUUUUUGCAAUUUUUUUCUAAAUCUUCUCUUCACGUUAUUAAACUGCUUGAAAUUCCUCUUUAAGUUAGAGGCAAAUUAUUUUGUACUCUCUCUCUUCUUGGUUAAAGGCAAUGUUUAAGUUGUGAUUAUGAAAUCAGUCAAUACUGUAAUUUGAAAAACUGUCAGUUUAACAUACCCAACAAUGUGUUUUCAAAAAAUGCCCACCAUCUAAUAAUUUAAGGCUUAAUUUUGAAGAAUGGAUCCUUUUUAAUUCCAAAAAGUUGGUUUUAUAUAAAUGGCUUCUGAAGUAUUUUAAAAGAGGAUUUGAAUCUACAUGCUUCUUCAAUAUGGUGCUAAAAAAAUUAGUUUAUUUAGAGAACCAUGAAACUGUUAUAUGAUUAAUCUUUAACUGUAGAACAUUUUAAAAUUAUUCUCCUAUGUAAAAAAAAAAAAAAAGUCAGGUUUUGGCAUUAGAUAGUGAAAAGACAUUCAUGAAUCCUGCAUUUUUUGUCAGAAAACAAUGUUAAAAAUAUGGCCCUUCAAUAUAAUUUUAUCCAUUUGGUCUGAUCCUCCAACAUACCAAAAGCUUUUAUUACCAAAUAAUAGCUUUCCUUGAAUGCUUAUUGUAACAGCAUAAGUGCAUAUACUUUACUAAGUAACAGGACAUUUUUGACUGUGCCAAAAUCUCCUGUUGUGAUUCUUUCAAAAAGGGUAGGCCAACUGGUGCCUUCCAGAUCUUUGGGGUUACAUCUUUUACCAUUAACCAUGCUAGGUGGGGGUGACAGAAGUUGAAGUCCAAAACAUCUGGAGCAAACCAGGUUUCCUGCCUUUGUUUGGAAAAAUGGUUUACACUUGAGAUAAACAACACUGGCUGGAAUUCAAAGGACUGUACAACUUUUUGCAAAUGGCUUUUAUUACUCCUGUAAACUUUGCAACCUGGCAUGGAAACUAUUCAAAGUGAAUUUUUUUUUAAUCCCUGCAUGUCAUGCCAGAUGAUUUAGUGCAGUUACUGUUAGAAGAAAAAAUGUCUAAAUUUCUACUGGAUUCAUAGGGUUUUGGAUCAGGAAUAUAGACUUCUAGAUCUAAAAAGAGUACUAUUUUCAAACUUCUAUUUAAAGAUUUUCUCUUGUGCUUUCUCAGGUUAUCUGUUCAGAAUUGGAGUAGUAAACUUUAUUUAGUUAACGGCGGGUUACUCUGCAAUUCUGAAAGCAGAAUUCAAACUCUGUGGCUAUUUUACAGUUCACAAUUAAACAAUUAGAACCUUGUCCUUUUUGUAAGUCUUAUAGCACCAGCUGCCAAUCAAAGAAUAAAGGCCAUGUAGAUUUAAUUAUUUUUCUAACCUUUGUUUGAAUUUCUAAAAGCUUUGAUAGUUGCUUAAACCUAUAAAUUCUAUAAGCGGCUAUUAUCAACAUGCCGUUAUCCCUAUGUGCUGGGACCCUGGUUCCCAGAAUUUCUGCAGCUUGUUUUUUAUUAUUAUCAUGGUAGCUGGGAUAUCUGAGAGUUUUAGUUCCAACAUACCUGGGGGGUGCCUUUUGGGGAAAGGCUGCUGUAAAGACACUAUAGAAAAGUCUUCACUAACAGAAUCUUUGGGACUCUUCUCUCAGCAUCCAUGACAAUUGGGGAUGUCAGGAAAUGUAGUCCUUUUUAGGUCAUCAGAUCAGGGAAGGCUGAUGUAGCAGUUCAGUCUAUGUACUACUAAAAUUAUGUUUGUUUUAUAUCUUACUAGCCUGAUCCACAUCUUGGCAGCCAUUGCCAUAACAAGAAAAUUCUACUCUGUGUUAGGGAUGAGUCAGGGAUGAGAAGUGAAAGAUGCUGGGGGUUGUGGUUCAAAAACACAAUGACUUGCAUAUUCCAGCUCGUGCUGUAUGUAGAAUAGCUUCUCCUUUCCUAGCACUUUCAUAUUUUUGGACUGCCAUCUAAAGCCAGCAUGGCUACAUUGCCGUACAGUAGAUGCAGUUGCCUUAAUGCUGCAAUCUGUGGGGUACUCUUCUAGGCAUCAGAUUUGGGUUUUUGUUUUUUUAAACAAAAAACAUAUGUACCAUAAACAUUUCACAAUAAAAUAUUAACAGAUUCAUAUAGAUUCCUCAUUAGGAGCACAAAUAGAGGUGCCAAAAAUGUCUAUUUUAUAUAGGCACUGACUCUGUCUGCUACAUUCCCCAUUCAAAAUAAUAUAACAAGUUAUUGUUUUUCAAGAUUUGCCAUACUUGUUACUAAUAAGGUUUGACAGUUAAAGUAUAAAUAAUUAAGGAACAGUUAAAAGUGGUUCUCUGGUUCUGGCAAAAAAUGUUUGAUUGGUUUGGAAUCAAGAUACCUGCCUCUCAGUCCAUUGUGAAAUUACCUCACCUCACCUCACUCCUGACCACAUUCCUGUGAGAAACAAGUGGCUUACAUUUUUUAAAAUUUCUCAGUACCAUUCAAUAAACAAUUCAAUCACGUGUAUUUACAUAUUACUAUAUAGAUGAAAUUGUUUUUAUUAUAUGAGAUGAGGGAUUUUUUUUGUAUAUCACUUAGACAUUUUUAUGCAAAGUGCUAUUCAGGAUUUGAUUCCUUUUUCUUCAUUUGUCAACUUAUUUCUGUGUACUAAUUUGUUUAAGAUUUUAUCUGCUGAUCUCAUCCCAUAUAUUUCUUCUGAGAACGUUUUGCCAUGGAAUGAGGGUUUUUUUAUGAUUUUGAUGGAAAUUUAUUUCUGUAAACACCUCAUUUGAUAGAAUCAUAAUCUUCUGAGCCAUUUUGCUAAAAAACUUCUGAUUAAUUUUCAUUGUGCUGGUCAUAAGAUGAUGCUUUCUCUAGUCAGCAUGUGUGUAGUUCUGGACUUGAACACUGGUUACAUCUUCAGCAUCGUAAUUGUGGACACUGUUCAUCUAAAAUGUUUUAUGUUACUAAUUUCAAAUAAAAGUACAUGGGAAACCCCAUUCCCUCUCAAAGCAUAAUACUAUAAGAUGUAUCAGUAAUAAAAUAUUUCAGGAAAUAGGUUUGGCCUUUUAAUUCAUGGAAAAUCGAUUCGUUCCAUGGCUCGAACUACAAUCAUAGAUCAUAGUACAACUACUGCAUUGCCAUGAAAAUGAAACAUUUAACUUACACCUACAAUCUCUUCUAUCCCUGUACACUUAAGAAGUUUUAUUCCCAUUUUAAUUCUAGAAAAUUAAACUCAAGUAUUUUAAAAUGUAUGUUACCUAAAAUAUCCUUGAAAUGCAAACAUUUUGUAUAUGAUACUUGUAUGUGUGUGUACACCUGAUUUAAGUGAAUUGGGUAGAAGAAUCUAUUCUUUUGCAGCAUGAGAGGAAUAUAAAUGGAUUAUCAUACUGUCCUGUGUCAUUGCACUGAUUGCACAGAUGGAUGUUUUAUGUACUUUCAAAUGUUAAAUAAAAGGUGGGCCUGUGCCUUAAGC